AUGGGAAGUUUCAAGUGCGAAAAGCCCAUUAUAAAGGAUAAGAAGACAUGUGUACCGGUUGUGAAAAUACAGCCAGAAUACUAUAAGCAGCGCAAGCCCUGCAAGCCGGAUACUGAGCUAAGGGCAACUCCCAUUUUGGGCUACCCGCGGUGCGAUAUACCCUACAAGCCGACGUGUAUGGGGCUUUGUUUCAAUCAACCCCGUCUCGAUACGCGCCUGUACAAGCCGAGCAAGAGUCUCCAUCGUCCCUUCCAGGUCAACUGGGUGGACUGUGUCCCGGAGAAGCGUGCCGAGCGAUGCGUGGCCAAAAUGAUGCCCCCGGAGAUCAAGCGCCGCAAGAUACAAAGGCCGUAUUGUCCCCGAUUUGUAAUUAAAAAGUGUCCCACAAUGAAGCCGAUGCCGUGCAAGCCCUUUACACCGGUACCUCCUACAUCGGAUGAUCGCUGCAUCAAGUUCCCACUAUGCGAGUGCCCUAAGGGCAGAGAAAGGACCCGUUGCAAGAUCAAUAUGAAAGUGCAGCCAACAUGCAAGCGUCCGCGCACACGCUAUCCCAGUUUCUCAGAGUGUGAGGCUGCCGUGAAUGCGGCAGUGAAUACAGAGUGCUACAGUCCACCAUCCAUAUGCGAUAUGUGGCGAUCAUUCAAGAGUCGUCAUAGCGGAUAA